GAGUCGAAGUCCAAACCCCGCGUUCUUCUUCUUCUUCUUCUUCUUCUCUUCGUCUCCAAAUCCACAGCGAAAACCCUCCGAUCAUCUCCACCGAUCUCCGUCGACGAUGCUCCUCUCUCGGGCCACUCUCCUCGCCAUAUCUCCUCGCCCUCUCCUCCCCCUCCCUCCCAAACCCCUAACCCUAGGCUCCCCUUGCACCCCUGCUGCAUCCAUCACUGCAUCCAUCGCCAAUUCCACCUCCACCUCCUCCUCCUCCUCCCGGAAGCGCGGCCAUGAGGUCCUUGAUGAGGAUACGUAUGUCGCCGCCAUAGAGCGCAUCAUCGAGCGUGAUUACUUCCCUGAUCUACCCAAGCUCCGUGAUCGCCUUGAUUGGCUUGAGGCUGUGCGCUCCCAGGAUCCUGUCCUUAUUCGUGAUGCCCAGCUCAAGAUUCUUGAGCGCCGCCGCCGGCAAACCCCGUCCGCUUCGAUCCGUAACCCUACACCCUCCGUCCGCACCCCAUCCAUCACCCCCUUUGCCGCCGCCUCCACGCCUUCCGACCGAGUUGUGAAUCCCAACCCUGCUGAAGGCGAGAUGCCUGAAGAUGCCAUUGAUGCCUCCGUCUCGCUCGAUGAUUUCUUCCGCCGCUACACCAGCGAGGACAACGAGAGCUUCUCCCGCAUCAUGGAGAAGGUUAACAAGAAGCGCCGGGAGAGGUAUGUGCACUUGUUCAACGCCGAGAAGCCGGAUCCGCCCAAAGCCCUUGAGAUGGAGAAGCAAGAUCGCAUCACGGACGGGUAUGGAACCUCUGGGCAAUCUCCAAGCACGUUGGAGAGCUGGAAAUACAGCGCCAAGAACCUCUUGAUGUAUGUGCCAGCGGAGGAGGCUCCCUUGACUGAAGAUGAGAACGCUGAGAGAUUGAAGGGAUUGACAAAGGAGAUCAACCGAAGCAGUACUCGGUUCCAUGGGAAUCCAGGAGCAGAUGAUUCGAAGCUUGGAAAGGACAACGCUGUCGAUAUUGUCUAUAAUAUGGUUCAGGGCACUACCCCAGCUAGCACCACUUUCCCUUUUGCCGCUGAUCGGGAGGCUGAGAGGUCUAAAAAAUAUGAUUUGGAGGAUUUGAGGAAGACUCCAAACCCUUUCUAUGUUGAAUCAGUAAAGAAAUCUGACAAUGGCUAUAGUUUUGUGAAGACUCCAUCUCCAGCCCCUGGUGUUGAUGAGUCUCCGUUCAUUACCUGGGGAGAGAUUGAGGGGACUCCGUUGAGAUUGGAUGCAGAGGAUACGUCAGUGCACAUUGGUGGGAGUAGUGAGGGAACUCACUUUGGGAUUCCAUGCCCGCCUGCUCGUGAUGUGAAGGCUCACUCCCUCUCGAGGGAGGCUGCUCGGAAGCUGAGGGAAAGGUCCAAGAUGUUCCAAAAGCCACCCCUGCCUUCACCAGCUAGAGGGGGUAGUGCAAGCCCUAGUGUGCGGACAUUGUCUCCAGCGGCGCAGAAAUUUGUGAGGAAUGCUAUUGCCAAGUCUUCUCAUUCAGUGGAUGAAACUCUUCGGGCCAGUUAUAGAGGUGCAAGUCCGGUUACAAGCACUCCUAAAGAAAAAUCUAGGUUUUCAAGAGAUAGUAGUUUGGGAACAAGGUCUCCUUCAGCAAGGCAGGGCUCUGUUCCUCCGUGGUGAUGUCUUCUCAUGACUUUGUCAUUGUCUUGCUAGUUCAGUGGCUAGCACUUCUAAAGAAAGCUCAAGGUUUUCAAAAGAUAAGAGUUCAGCAACAAGGUUUUCUUCAGCAAGGCAGGGCUCCAGUCAUUUCUGGUGAUGUUUUCUCUUGAAUUUUUCACUUCGUCACAAAGGCAUACAGCUGUUCAAAUGCUAUUAUUUGAAAGUUUGGAUGUGGAUACUUUUGUAGCAAGUGCAUGCAGAAACUAAAACUGCUGAAUUUCACCAUCAUGGUAUUAUCCUGUAUUUUGAUGCUCUAGAGUAUUGAUAAGCUUAUCUUGUUUGACUGGAAAAUUUGUUUCAACAAGAAUGUUAACAUUGACAUGAUGUUAUAGGAGCUAUUAGCAUGCAUAUGUGAUUGGCAUACGCCGUCAACAUUAUUCUAUGCUUUCAUAUAUGUAAUGUCAGAUUUUCUGAGAUCUAUUUUCUGCAGUUAAUGCAAAUAAUACCUAUUGAACUCUAUGUGACA